UCUGAGCUGAGAUCGGGCAGCAGAAGGCAGGACAGCUCACACAGCUGAGCUGAGCCUGCAGCGGCAGGGAGCGCCAGAACAUGCCGCUCCGUUUGGGCGGCCGCUGGCCGGGCAGCUUAUUAAGCUGAUGUGAGCCGACAGCAGCGGGAAGCACCAGAACGGGUGGGCAGCUAGCAAUAGUAAAGCCUGCCAGUGCGGAAAGGAGGAGGGGGGAGAAGGAGAAGCUGCCUCUAACGCUAACUGGACUGGCUCUUGUCCUGGGAGAGGGCUGCUGCACAUACCCAGACUCAGCAGCUCCUUCUCCCUUGGACGCUGUGCUGUCAGCCAGCCAGCCACCGUGUCCUGCCUAGAUCCUCCUGCCUAUGACCUUCUCGUCGUCCUGUACCUGGGUCCGACGGCCUCCCUCAGUGACACCUUGCAGCUCACCUUGAUGUUGAUUGGACACAGUACGAUAUGCUUCAUCUUCAAAGUGUUAAUCUUAAUUUGGCAAAGAACAAACUUGCUCAUCACACCAGCAAUUACAUGACUGGGCAGCUCAUUCUGAGAAGAGGUCAGGCUUUUGACAUCACGCUAAAACUCAGCAGAGCCCUGAAACCUGAGGAUAACAUCACAUUUAAAGCAGAAAUAGAUGAUGACGUUUAUCUGGCUGAUGAGUCAGAAAGGGAAGAAUAUGUUCUAAGUGAUAGUACCAUUUUCUAUUAUGGAAAUGAUGAUUACAUUGGUGAAGACGGCUGGAACUUGGGCCAGUUUGAAGAAGAAAUCCUGCCUAUUUGUUUACUUAUUCUAGAAAAAUCAACAUCAUCAGCUCUAUCUCUAUUACAUGAUCCAAAACAGGUGUCAAGGGUAUGCAGUGCUAUGAUUAACAGUAAUGAUGACAAUGGAGUGGUCUUGGGCAACUGGAGUGGAAAUUACGCUGAUGGUGUUAAUCCAGCAAGCUGGACGGGAAGCGUUGAAAUCCUGAAACAAUGGGCACAUUCUGGUCCAGUCCGUUACGGGCAAUGCUGGGUGUUUGCUGGAGUACUGUGUACAGUAAUGAGAUGCCUGGGAAUCCCUACUCGUAUUGUUACUAAUUUUAGCUCGGCCCACGAUACUAAUGAAAAUCUUAGCAUUGAUUCAUUUUAUGAUCCUGAAGGCAACAGUCUAGGAGGCAACGACAGUAUUUGGAAUUUUCAUGUAUGGGUUGAAGCUUGGUUCACCAGAGAUGAUAUUGGAUCAUUUUAUGAUGGGUGGCAAGUUUUGGAUGCAACGCCACAAGAGAGAAGUGAAGGAAUUUACAAGCUUGGACCUACUUCAGUAAAAGCCGUCAAACACGGAGACAUUCAUCUAAAGUAUGAUGGUGCCUUUGUAUUCUCUGAGGUAAACGCAGACCUAAUGUCCUGGAUUUACAGUGAAGAAGAAGGCUCAUACGACAUAGUUGAAACCAACACCAAUUCCAUUGGGAAGUUUACCAGCACAAAGGCUGUUGGCACCAAUGAUCGUCUUGAUAUAACUUUGAAUUACAAAUAUGAAGAAGGCACUGCAGAGGAGAGAGAAGUAUUCCACAAUGCCCUCCUCCAACUGUUUGGCCGGAGAACUAUUGGGGGUGAAGAUGAAGUAGGCACAGGAGCGACUAACAUGGCGGUUAGGGUGGCAAGAGCAAAGCCGGUGAAUAGACAGAGCAUAUAUGGAAAGUACAAAGAAUUAGAUGCACCAAUGGUUGGCCAAGAUAUUGAUGCAAUAUUGGUCCUCUCUAACACAUCAUCAGCCACCAAGAACAUAGUGAUCCAUUUUAAUGCCAACACAACUGGUUAUACCAGACAACUAAUGAGGAAUAUUUUGAGUGACUCCAUAUCUGUCUCUAUGGAUUCUAAGGAAGAAAAAGAAAUCCCAUUCAAGAUCCCAUACAGCCAAUACAUAAAAACUCUGAUGGAUGAUAAAGUGGUUGAAAUGACAGCUCUGUGUAAAAUAGAGGGCAUGGAGAAACUGCUCCUAACCAAAGUCAUUACAUUAAAAAGUCCCUCGCUCAACAUCAAGGUUCUCCAGGAGGCUGUAUUACACAAUCCAGUAAGUGUGGAAAUCACAUUCCUUAACCCAUUCAGUGAGAGCCUGACAGGAUGUGAGCUGCGUGCAGAGGGCAGUGGGCUGAUUAAAGAGCAGAUGAAACGAAGAAUUUCAGUGAAGCCCAAUGAGGAGGCAACGAUGACAAUUGAGUUUACACCUUAUAUGAAAGGAUCGAAGCAGCUGCAAAUUGUAGUCAUCUGUCACAGAAUUGUUACCAUCAAAGGCUUCAAGAUCAUCCAGGUUAAAGAAUCCUAAACCAUCUCACUCAGGAGGCGGACAGUAUAACUUGUAACAUUUUCUACUUGCAUUUUGCAGUGCUUUUUGUUGUUUUUUAUUUGUUUGUAUGUUUGUUUUUGUGGGUUGUUGUUAUUUUUUUGCUUAUUUAUACACUUUUUAUUAUCUUAUCUCUUUGCCAUAAUAAGUCAAUAUACGCAGCAUGCCUGCAUUAAUUGCGCAUUGUUAAAUCAACUGAAAAUAACAGAUGUGAACAGUCUAUUAAAUUAUAAACGUUAUAAACGCUAA